GAAAUUCGUCAAUACUCAAAAUGGGAAAUCUUAUGACUCGAUCCCUUCCGGAUCAUUAUCUACCAACAGAACUACCACUAGUAUACCCCGAAGAGUACUGUGUGUAUCCUACUAAUCGCCGUAAGACCCCUGAAGAAUUGGAGAUGUACCGAAUGAACGCAAAGAGUUUGUCCGAGUGUCAAGCCGGAGAAUUUCCAUUUUAUGGAGAUGAAGGAACUGCCAAGAACUAUAGACAUUCGAUCGGAAAUAUUCUAGCCAAAAUGACAACUCUCAAGGCGUACUAUGAUCAGGUUUACACUACUGGCUUGCGAGGAGGCAAGAUAAAUGGACUUAUUCAGCUAUUCUGCAACCAAGUCAACAUCCUCUGUCAUCACUAUGAGAUCUUCUUCCGUGAAUCAUCUGUUAAAGUUGACAAAUACGUAGAGAAGCGAAAGCAGAUUGCACGCGAUGGUUACAAGGAUCUCAAGAAUCUCAGUCUAAUCAUUUAUCUGAACGAAAGAAGAAAUCCAAUACUCUUCAAACUUGUUCGGCAACGUGUUAAAUUUCAAGCUCGGCAGGUUCAAAAACUCGUAGAUCACUUCCACAGAACCUUCUGUCCAGUUCUGACAAAUGCGAUUCCAAAGCCGAAUGCUCCACCAAUGAGAAUUGCAGCUUCUCCGACAAGUGCUCAGAUUAUUCCGUUUUACGAUGAUUCAAAAUUUGGAAUUAUUGUUGAUUGA